CAGGAGAGCCCCGGGCUCCAGACUGAGUGCUAACCAUGCUGCAGCAUUCCCAACCAACGUCCAGCACCCUGCAGCUGGUGGCCAACGAUAUGACCGGCAUCAUGGACAAGCUCGACAGCCGCGAGCUGGACCUGGAGGACGGAGAGUACGACACGACGGACACCAACGUCGCAGCGGAGCAUUUGCCUUUCAAGGUGAUCUACCACACUGUGGGUUUCAAGGAGUCCGAGGCCAAAGUCUUCCUGUCCUCUCCCAUCACGGCCAAGAUCCUUGAGGUGGAGCGCUUCACGUCAGCUCAGGACCGCUUCAACAUCACCGCGCAGAGGAGUGUCAACAAGUCCCUGCCAGCGGUGUUUAAGAUCGAGCUGAAACACGGGGAGUUCACAUGGCUGGUGAAGAGGAAGGAGAAACACUUCAUGGAUCUGCACCGAGAGCUCAGGACGUACAAAACCUUCAUGAGGCUGCCGCUGCCGUCACGCAGCCACACAAUAAAGCGGCACCCGGGGGAGAGGAGCGAGGUGAGGCAGAUGCCGAACCUUCCCAGAGGAGGCCGAGACGAGCUGGCCAGAGAGGAGCAAGUGUCCAGUCGCAGGAGACAAUUGGAAGAUUACUUGAACAAGCUGCUCAAGAUGCCGAUGUACAGGAACUACCACGCCACGAUGGAGUUCAUUGAUGUGAGUCAGCUGUCCUUCAUCCAUGACCUGGGACCAAAAGGCCUAGAAGGAAUGGUGCUGAAGCGAUCCGGCGGCCAUCGAAUCCCCGGGUUGAACUGCUGCGGUCGCAGCAAAAUGUGCUACCGCUGGUCCAAACGCUGGCUGGUGGUGAAGGACUCCUUCCUGCUGUACAUGAAGCCGGAUUCAGGUGCCAUCUCCUUUGUGAUGCUGGUCGACAAAGAGUUCUGCAUUAAGAUGGACUCCAAAGACACGGAGACCACGCACGGUGUCCGCAUCGACAGCCUGUCCAGGUCUCUGGUGCUGAAGUGCAGCAGCUACCGACACGCCCGCUGGUGGGGUCAGUCCAUCGAAGGCUUCGUCCACAAGCACGGCUCGGCCUUCCUCACCGACCACCGCUUCGGAUCCUUCGCCAGAGAGGAAGAGAACAUCCCUGCCAAAUG